CAUCACUUCACACUGCAAGAGAUUUGGCAGAUGCUGAAACAAACUUUCCAGGGGCCUGAGAAUGAAGAGCAAGAGGCACUACAGGAAACACCAAAUCUGGUGCCUUUUGGGGAUGUGGUUGGCUGCCUAGCUGUUCGUAUAAAGAGUUGCAGGCAAAUAGCACCUAAGAUCAGUUCACAUUAUAAUAAUUUGUUCAUUCGGAUAUCUAUAAACAACAUUGUGAAAUGUACAAGAACUUAUAGUUUGAACACUAGUAACCCUGAAAAGAGCUUUGUAAUUAGGUUCAGUGAUGUGAAGUAUUUCACUAUACAGGUUCCCAGACGUGAGGAGGAUGAGCGCAAUAACAUUUUGUUGGAGCUAAUGCAAUACGUCAAUUCAGACAAUAUUCCUCUUUUUUUAGGGGGUGUUCAAGUACAUCUUUAUGAAGUAAUUCAAAAAGGGUGCUUUACUGAAGAAUUAAAAAUGUCGAACAACAAUAAACUUAUCUGCAAGUUGGAUGUGGAGUUUAUGUUCACCUAUGGAAACUUUGGGUAUGGAUUUUCACAUCAGUUAAAGCCUCUUCAAAAACGUAUCGAGCCAUCGAUGUUUAUGAAGAUUGCACCACCCCCAGACAGAACAGACCCCCAGACAAAUGUUAUUACAUCUCAGCCAGUAGGUUACCCAGCAUUCUUAUCCCCAGACCUGAAUGUUACUGUUGGAACUCAAACUGAUCAGAAGCAUUCCACCCAGACGCCUGUAGUACAACUUGAAAAGCUUCAGCAACAGCCCCGGGAAAGGCUGCAAAAAAUGAAAUCAAUGUAUAGAAACAUGCAAACAUGGACAGAAAAAGCUGCCUAUUUAGAAAGCAUCAUUAACCCCAAAAUGGAGCAUACAGAUAAGAGAGAUAGAAUGAAGGAGAGACUUGAGAGCUGGACUCAUAGUCUAUUAGAAGAGCCUGAAAAUGCAACAUUAGAUAUUCCUCUUGUGUACAAGAUAACUGAAGCUCCUCCAGCUGAGGUUUCAUUCCCCACUAUCCCUACCCUGGAAGUAACAGAAGACGACAAAACAAUAUCUUUAGGAUAUGAAUCAGAAGCCUUCCUGGGAGAAAAUAAGAAAACUGCAUCUCCAGCUGUGUCAGCUGAACAUUUGCAAGUUCCACAGCUAUGCCUUUAUACAACCACAGACUCAUCUGUAACAGAGGUGGCUUUUUCAGGAAAAGAGCAUACUCCACCAUCUCUCAGACAAGAACAUACAGAAUUCGCACCAAAAAUUAAGGAAUUCCAGGUGGGCAGUUUUGAUCCUUUGCUAAGGAAUAUAAACAAAGAAAUGCCAAUCGGCCAAAGGAAAGAAGAUAUAUACAAAUGUGCAAACGUUCUAAGUCCAGAAGUUAUAGAGCAUGAAGAUCAAGAUCCUCCUUACCCAACACAUUUAAUAACUGAAGGUUCUACUAAAUCUAAGAAUACAUGUCCAAACCUAAGAAUACAGGUGUUUGACACAAAGAGUAAGUUGCCUCCUGAAUCAAGCAUCAAUGCAAUGAAGGCUUCAGAUACUAAAGAUAAGUUGACAUAUGAGGCUACUAUCAGCACAGUAAAGGCUUCAGGUACUAAGAAUAAGUUGUCACUUGACUCUACUAUCAACACAGUAAAGUCCUCAGAUACUACAAAUAAGCUAACUCAGAGUCCUACUGAGAACACAACAAAGCCCUCAGCUACUGUGAAUAAGUUAGUUCAAAACCCCUCUAUGAACACAACGACGACUUGGGAUACUAAGGCUAAGGUAGUCCGUGAUUCUGGUAUCACAAAGAAAAUGUUAGAAACUACGGUAGAAGAUCUAUCAAAUGUAUCUUUACCAAACCUCCAAAUAGAAUCAAUGACUGGAAAUUCAAAUACACCUGAUUCCUCAAAGUCAUUAAAUCUUACUUCUGAUAUAGAAAAUUUAAAGCAAUUAAUGUUACUUAAGUCAAUUUUAAAUCAAAAUCUGCAAUAUCUCUCAGACAAGCUGUUUUCUAAGCCAGAAAUUUAUAUGAAUGUUGAAGCAAUAAAGGAUAGUUCUUCACUUGCAUAUGUUCAAGAUACACCACCAAAUAGUGGGGAUGAGGAAGCAUUUGCAAAACUCCAGGAUAGAAACCACGGACUUUCAGGUGAAAGCAUUUUAAGUUCGAAAACUCUUUUAAAUCAAAUUUUUAAAAAUAUUCCUGACAACAUACUUCCCGCAUCUCCAGAGAUAAAAGAUGUCUCUGAAAAUCACUUAGAGGCUGAUAGAAGAGAUUUUCCAAUGCAAAAGAAGAAUAGUUUUAAAAAGAAACAUUCAAUAAGUGGACGUUCUAGCUCCAAAUCAGAUUUAAAUGACCAAGUACAUGACUACAUCAUAAAGCAAAUAUUUACUGCCCCAGUCUUCACCCAGUUGGGAAUAGGAAGGAAAGAGCUGAGCGAGGCCCCAAUGAACAUGCGUGAUCAGUUGUCCACACCUUGCCACAGACGUUCAUCUGCAAAUAGACCAGUUAAUGAUGGAGCAGAAGAUGACAAAAUACAGGUUAAACAGUCCAAAUCUGUUAUAAGCCAGAUAAUACAAACAUUUCCCGUAGAUACUCUUUUAGAAUCUGGGAUCAUCAAAGUGAUAGAACUUGAUAAAGAACACCAAAGCUCUUUGCCCAAUGAAGUGGCAGCCUCUUCUGAAGACGAGCCAAAGGAUUCCACAGAGGGCAAGAGGAAAACGGAAUCCUGGUCAGGGCAGACUGUAUUUAGCAUUGCUCAAAACACUAGUUCUCCUGUAAAUAAUAUUGAAUAUAUAGAAGGUUUUCAGAAUGGCUCCAUAGGAAAUUUGAAAUAUUCAGUACUAGAUGAAAAACCAAGUUCGUCAAGUGAAAUUCAGUGGCUUGAUGAAGAAAGUGAUCUAACUUCUCCUUUAGAAAUGUUACAUAACUCAUUAAUAGGUAACUUUAAAGAGUCCAAUGAAACAAUGUUAAAAUCCUUUUUAAAAAACAUCUUUCAUGUUUUUUUCAAAUAUAAUCAGACUGAAAGAAAAAAAUCACAUGAAAAGGAGAUAGAAAGACUAAUUCAACAUUCUUUACCAAGUAAUACAGAAAACUUAGAAGAAAUGCAACUAAAUCUUAAUGAAGCAGGCAGAUUAGGCAGAAAAUCCAGCUUGAGUCCAAAGCUUCGUUUGUUUCUAGAAGAGCUCUCAGAAUCAGAAAUUAAAAACUUAAAAUCUGAGUUAAGUAAAAAUAUCCAGUGUUACCUUGUAGAAAGACUUUCAGAAUCAGGCCAUAUGACCAAAGAAGACUUAGCAGAACUCUACCAAAAUCUUCAUUUCAUGAAUGAGAAAAAAGACCUGAAAGACCAAAAUAUUUCUCAGGAGAAAUAUUCAGAAAUUGUAAAAGAGAUCAUGUCAUUUGUAAAUAAUUUUAACCAUCAUUUCAUUGACAAACACUUAGAAAUAAAGCUAAAAUCUUUUUUAAAUGAAAUUCUCCAGAACUAUUUCCUUAAAAAUCUUUCUGACAGUAGUUUAUUACAAGAGACAGAAUCUGUAACAAAAAUAUCUCCUCUAAGAAUUGAACGUGCUUCAGUAUGUUUGCAUGACUUAGCCCAAGGUAUUGCCCAGGGAAGUUUUAGUCAAAGGCUUGAAAUAAACAUGCAAUAUCCCUUAAAUGAAUCUCUACAAAAAAAUCUUCCCACUUUAUCAGAAAAUGAAUUACUAAGUAUCAGAACUGAUUUAACCAAACACGUUCAGGAACUUUUUAUGGAUAAACUUUCAAAAUCAGGACUAAUGACAGAAAGGCAAUUAAGGGGGAUCAAUCAUCAUAUAAAUCUGCGCAAUCUUACAUCUAGGCCGUUAGAAUGCAUAGACACAGGUUUGCCUUUUAGAAAUGAAGAUUGCUUUGUGGAGGAACAUGUAGACAUGCAAAAUAAAUAUUCAGAAACUGGUCAAAACACUCUGCAAAAUGUUCCUGGGGAUACAGGCAAAGACACAGAAUUGAAGAGGAAGGAAGAAAAGGGCAAUCCAUUCUUAUUCAAUGUAAAAGAAGAUCCGUCAACAAUUAAAGAAAAUCAUCACUCUAGAGAAGGAGUAAAAGCACUAAGUUUAACAAAAGUACAACCUACUUCCAAGGAAAGUAUCCCAGUGAUUCUAUUAGGUAAGUCCUCUGAAGGACUUGCAGAGCUGGUGCUUAAGAAACCCAAGAAAGACCAUAGCUUCAUACAAGUUACUCAAGCAGAAAAGUCUGUUUAUAAAACAGAGACUCCAGACCUACAUAGUUGGGAUGAUAAACCAAAAAUAAUUCAGUCAAAAGAUUUCUUUGAAAGGACAUUGGAAGCAAAUCCUCUUGGAAGCAGGGAGAGUAUUAAUAUAUGUAAAUUGACUGUUCAGGAAAAUCCUGUAGCCCCAUUGUCACCAUGUGCAAGAAUUUCUAGUUGCAAAAUGCCAAGGGAAGAUGAAGAACAUUUAAAUAGAUUCACUUUCUCUUCCUGGCAAACUAACACGGUGAUUCAGUUCAAUUCAGAGAGUGAGGAACCAUCGAAAUUAGACCAGUAUUGUCAGAGAUUAAAAGUAAAUAACAACAACAAUAAAGAACGCUUAAUAACUUUUACACAAUUCAAGAAAGAAAUACAAACUCUUUGUCUAAAUCCAAAUGAAAUUUGCAAUGAAAACUAUGCCAAGACUCCGGAAUUACAAUCACCUAAAGAUGAAGAAAAGUCAAAACCAUCGUUUUUCCCAGAAGUAUUGAAGAGAGAAAACAUAAAACUCAAAGUUCGAAAAGAAACUAUUGCCAAACCAAAAAGGUCACUUGACAAGAUUGUAGGGACACCGUCUGACGCCCUGCCGGCUGCCAGAAACGAUCCAAAGAAAGCUGUCCCAAAGACUUUGCCUCAGUGCACUGCCAGAAGUACUAUACAUGAUUAUUUGGAUAAAUUUGAGGAUUUACAUGUAGCCUCGCUUAACCAACCUAAAAAAUCAAGAACACGACCUUUAGGAAGGAACCCAGAUGACAGCUAUAAUCGGGCAAAACAGUGUAUGAGACCGUACACUGCACCAGAGCCUAACAAACGACGAGGGAGCACCACUGGGAAAGUCUCAUGUCCUCGAAUUAUUACAGCAGAUUUAAGUCAUACGUGGGGCAGAAACCCAAAUUAAGUGCAUAAAAUGUGGUCCAAAAAACUAAAGGGGGUGUUGGACAAUGUCCAUUCAUUUGUUCUACAUGCAAAUGUUAAACAGUUCAAAUUGAUAUGUCAGGCUAAUUAGUUUACCAUUUCUCCACUACCAAAAUGGCUUGGAGAUCUGUACAUGGCUGUAAUAGAAGUCAUUAAC